AUGGCAAGUGAGACUGCGACUAGGACGCCGAAGAAAGUAGCAGUAAACCAGCGUGCACUGGUCGAUAAAGUGCUCGCUCGAUAUCCCGAAGAGUUUACAGUAUUUCGAGAGCUAUUACAGAACGCUGACGAUGCAAGAGCCACGAAGGUCCUCAUAGAAUUUCAGACGAGAGACUAUGCUACACAUUCUGCGGGAGCAAAUGGUAACGCACUAAAUGGAAUCAUCAAUAGUACGGUCCCAGACUUGAACACUACGGAGUUGUUCAAAUGUAUUGUUCGCAACAAUGGUGAUUACUUUGAAGAGAAGGACUGGGGACAGCUGAUGAAGAUUGCGGAUUGCAACCCGGACGAACAGGAGAUCGAAGCCUUUGGCGGUGGGUUCUACAGCGUUUUCGGUGUUACCGACAGCCCUGUGGUCUUGUCUGGAUAUACACAGUAUCAAUCGGUCUAUCUGACAGGCAAAAGUCUGUCGAUAUUCUUUGAAGGCGAUCAGCUAUAUACAUUGGAGGAUAUCUGUGCCCCGAGUGAGUGGACUUCCAUCGAAAUGGUGCUGAAAAAAGAUAUGGAAAAUUCCAUCCCGAAGCCAUUCGACCUGGCCCGGUUCCUAGCAGCUACCAUGACAUUCAUGUCGAGUGUGGAAAAUGCCCUUGUUUUCUUCGACAACAAAGUCCUCAUAACGAUCGCCAAGUCAAGACAGGCACCCAACCCGAUUCGUGUUCCCAAAUGUAUGUUGAUGAGGAGUAAGGAGGGCACGAUGAACAUCAAGGGACUCUCAGUAGCCACCCAAGAAAUUACUGUUGAACUCACGGACUGGGCACGCGCCGCGGGGACAAAUAUAUCUCCUGCACAUCGCUCAAAGAAUCCUAUGAAACGCAAGGGUUUUUGGGAUGGCUUCAAGAGCGAAGCCCCCAAAGUCACCAAAGUUGUAUCUCAAGCAUCAACUCAUGACCACCGGCCCUGGUGGACUCGUAGUGCCAGAUAUGCGGUAUAUUCGGCUCAAGUGACGACUAUUCCUAGUAAGGACCUCCAUAAGGGCUUAAGGGCAAUGACGAGGAAGGAUCCUCCUUCCAACAUGGUUUUUCACAUGGUUUACUUCUCCAAAGGGGAACAGGAUGCAAGAGCAGCAGAGGAGAAGAGCGAUCCUGACAUGGGAAGCGUAUUCAGGGGACCGCAAGGUCUAUUUCCUCAGCUAGAUGGGGAAUACAUGGCCCGGAUCUUUAUCGGUAGAAGUACAGCGCAGACGACUGGCAUUGGUGGGCACAUGUCUUGCCAAUUCAUUUCCACUGCAGAACGAGGAUCCAUUGAUCUAACAAAUGGUCAUAUCGCAAAGUGGAAUGAAGAACUCCUGUACGUUGGUGGGUUCCUUGCGAGACUCGUGUAUGAACAGGAGAUUUGCAAGGUCCGUGAUACUUGGCCUGCAGUCAAUGGUGAUGUUGUCCCGACUGCCAAUGCUUCGGCGUCACUUUCGAGAGCCAAGGCCUCAUAUGUCAUGCGCUACUUCACGUUCCAACCAUCCACUCCGGAGGGCAAAGUCUCGAAAAUCUUGAAAGAUGCAUUUUUCGACUGUGUCGACUAUUCCCUCAACGAUUGCUUCCCCAUCUUGUCAAGUUUCGGCAUUCGGUAUACUAAGGACAUUCGAGAAUCUGACACCAAAUUUCCGAACCUCCUGCCUACAACCGUGACGCCGUUACCUGGCGACCCGCGUAGUUUAUGUGGGUCCCUUCCUGAGAAAUAUAAGGUCCGGAUCUGUACGUUCGAAGACGUGCUGGGCGAACUGAGCAGAAGGACCUUGCAAGAGGAAGAGAUGGUCGGUUUUCUGCGGUGGUGGGUCAACUUCAUAAGUGGGCUUGAAGACGAAGAAAAGAAGGAAAGUACUCUCACAUUCCUGCCCCAUCUGACAGGGCAGGCCAAGUCGCGAAUUGGGAAUUCCAUGCGUGUUAUGGAACUUCGCAACAUCACCAAGUUUGUUGAUUCCAACGUUUGGCUCCCUUGGCUCCAGUCGGACGAUGCUCUUCCUCCAGACACCAUCCCGUUUUCGUUUACCAGGCCUCUCGAUCGACAACACAUUUCCUCAUCGCUUCUGUGGCAGCCAAUGUCCGUUGUGGACUGGCUGAGUCACUUGAUAAGCCCUCAGAUCGAUGCGGCUCAUGACAUCCGCAAAAGCACUACGUACUCCAACCGUGUCCUGUCGGUUCUGGGCAAUAUUUGGUCCAUGUUGUCCAGUGACAUGAAAUCUCAGGCACAGGAUCUCAUGCAGAACGUCCCAUGGAUUGCAACAAAUAUGGGAUUCCAGCCACCCGGUGGAGCGUAUUUUCCGGAAGCGGACGUCUUUCGUGAUUUGCCAGUCGUCUCCGUCAGCCUGUUCGAUCCACAAGUUCUCACUGUACUCAGCGAGUUCGGGGUCAAGCGGCAUCUUGACAUUGAAGUGCUGUUUGCCAAGGCAGACCAACAGAACACGUGGUCGGCAAUUGAGAUGAUCAGAUACAUGACCACUGACCCAAACGCCAUGGAGAGGAUGGAGGACAUCCGGACGCACCCUGUCUUCCCUUGCGAUAAAGGCGGGAAAUACUGCAUCACUGAACUGUACCUUCCACACCCGGAGAUUCGCCCGCUGGGCCUGCCGAUUCUCGCUUGGUCUCGCAGGAUUGACAAAGAUUCCGAGGAUGAGCUACUUUUGACCGAGAUGGGAUUCCUUCGACACCCACCUUUGGAGAAGCUCAUUGAGAUUGCUGGGAACCCUGACCCUAAAGUUCAACGUGCUGCCUUCGGGUACCUUGCGAGCAAGUUUGAUGAGCUCUAUGAUACAGAGUAUGAUCCUUCGAAAUACGACAACAUGCCGUUCAUACCAGCUAUGCGAGAAAGUCGUGAAUGUGUAGGCGCUUACGAGGAGGUUUAUUCCGAUCCAUCAUGGGCAACGAUGUGGUUCUUGAAAGUCCAUCCUUCUGUCGAUAGGAAGAUCAUCGGCCGACUGAGGAUGCGGGAAGCACCAUCGGCAAAACAAGUGAUCGAGGUUCUCAAGGCCAGUCCGCCCAGGGAUGCCAAUACAGCUAAGAGAUGGUUCGGCUUUCUCGCGACAAAGCAAGUUCUCUCUCCUCGAGAUCUUCAGCAAAUUGCCGAUAUUCCUAUCGUCCCCGUUGAACAACCCGCAUCUCAAUAUUCAAAUUUCGUUCUACCUCGCCUGAUGCGACCUCGGGAGUGCUUCGUCGGUGGUAGCCAAUACGGAGAAGAGCACCUUUACCGGCGACUAUUUACCUUCGUGGACUUUGAAGAACGUGCAAAUCGCUUUCUGAAAGCUUGCGGUGUCAAGGCCGAGCCUGAUUGUUCUGAUAUUGUAAAUAUUCUGGUGAAGGACCCCAAGGAGUUCCUCAAAAAAAUGGGCCCUGAGAAGUAUCUUGUCGAGCUUCGUGGAAUUGCGGUUGGGUAUGAGGGGCUUGCCGAAGAGGACAAGAAAAAGAUGAAGAAUGCUCCAAUAUUCGUCGGCUAUCGCACCUUCAAGUCCUCCCAUCCAGAUAACCCCGUCGUCAACGAAUUCCAGCUCGUUCCAGCAUCUAAGAUCCUGCUCGCUGACGACAUGGAGAACCGCCGGAUCUUUGGAGAGUUUGUCUGGUUGGCUCCCCAGGAUGAGCUGCUCGAAAAGCUCUACGAAUCAGUGGGAUCUGGAUAUUUGAGUGCCCACAUCAAAUACAACGUGAAACCAGACGGCGAGCAACCUAAGUGGCCUCGCUGCGAGGAAGUUCGAAAGGCGAUUUUGGAGAAGUUGCCCAUCUUUAUGCAUGAGUUUGACGAGCAACGUCUCAAGAAGGGUGCAGUGCACCGGAAGUGGGACGAUCCAUCACUCUUUCUCGUGAAAGGUUGCAAAGGACUCACAGUGGACAAGACACUUGACUCUAAUUACCGAAUCUCGGCUGAGCGUCAGAAAGAAAGCACCGAAUUUCACGUAUCCGCCGAGCUCACCACAGAAGAAAGCGGUCGUGUUGUUCUAUGGCUCAAAAAAACGGAAAACCUUGACAUGUAUGAUGUUGCCGUCGCACUUUGUCGUCUUCUUUUCAAGACUCACAAGAAGCACGAUGUUCUGAGUCUGAUGACCAUAUUGGAGACGGACAAGGAAGUCUUGAGAAAACGAGGCUACGAUGUGGACAACAUUGCGCAAGCUCAUGGAGCCGCUGUUUUUGAAGAUCAUGCUAAGGAAGAAGAGCGCGAAAGGCUAGCGAAGAAGCACUCAGAAGAGUCUGAUAGGUGGCAGCAUGGUGGUAGGAAUAUCAUAAGCAUUGCGCAAGCUCAUGGAGCCGCUGUUUGGAAGAUGAAAGACGUCAAAUACUGUACUAAGCUCAAGAGUACCGCUUUGGAAGCCGUUGAUGUGUACGGUGCCGCCGGUCUUAUGAUAGUUUGGCGACAAAUUACUACACAUCUACCCAUUCCUACAGGCGAAUUAUCGGACUUUGCAAACAUUGUUCAUGGACUCAACAGAGUUCUGGACCUGAGUAAUACUGAAAACCCCAUAUUCAAUAUCUUCUGGCAUCCAGAUGAUCAUGACUUGAUGGGAUUCAAUCGCAACCGGCUCAUUUUCUUGAACCUUGCGCACUACACGAAAAACCUGGAAUAUGGCAUGUCGCUCGGUGAGGCAUAUAUUCACUGGUACUAUAUCGUCUUGCACGAAAUAGCCCACAACAAAACACCUUUCCAUGACGAACACCACGAGUUAUUGGUCUCGGCACUAAGCUCUCGUUUCCUGCCUCAGCUGCACAGCCUGGAUGAGGUACGCGAUUAUCUCGGUUGUGCAACAGACGCUUUGUAGUAGACUUUUGGCUUGGUUGCCACGCAUAGGACUUUUGGGACAUUAGGUGUAUUUCUGAGCUGUAUCAUCCAUAUUGUCUUGCUUAUCUAUACAAUCUAUAUUGCAUCCAAAAAAAUUGUGUUCUGCACCUUGAGGAACACAGCGUUCGUAAGGCAAGUACUUCAAGCCAGAGAUC